GACUAAAGGGGAAAUCCGAUUUCACUUAAGGCCGGAUUAGCUCUAGUAUAUAUAACAGCCUUUUCAAUAUAUUCUGUCUUGUGUAUUAUAUCACUGUUGAAUAAACCUAUUGAAGUUUAGAUUUAUGGCUACGGUUUAUGGCGUUUUUUUAACCGCUUUGCUUAAAUCACUUUUGUGAAGCGUUGAGUCUUUUCAUCAAAAAUAUGGUCUAUUAAAAAUAGAAGGAUGGAUUUGCACAAAGUAUUGAUCCAAAGUUGUAAAUUAUUCAAGCAAGGCUUCAGCAAAUGCUUUUGACGACCACUGAAACCGUAACAAGUUGCAACGGCAAUCAUUUUACAUUAAAUUUAUUCGCAAAUUUUUUUUUACCGAACUGUUCGCCGCCAAUUUUUUGUUACAUCUUUCAUUGUUCAAAAUUUGCAGUUACAAGAAAUACAUUUUAUGCCAAUAACUAAAAACUGUUUUGCAAAAAAAACUCAAUUACCAAUAUUGUGUAACUUAGCUUCAUUAUUUUUGCUUCGUUCAAUUUAUUGUUUUCCACGACGGUUGAAAACUGUGAUUAUAAUUUCCUGUUUCGUGGCAUUAUGAAUGGAGCUUUUCCCUUUCAUUGAUUAAAAAAAAACAAUUUUGAACAAGCCUAGAACUACGUAGGGUGAAGGAAAUACCUAUGACAUUUGAAACUGAUUAUUUUACGGUUUUGCUCGUUGAGUUUAUUGAACCACUCAUUUUUUCAAACUUUGCAAGCGCAGAGUUAUAACACUUAUCAGCAGUAAAAGUACUGAUUAAACAUUCACGAAUUUGUUUAGUUUUAUUUUAUGCAGUAAAACUGGUGCGAAAAUGGCUGCAGAAAUAGAAAAAGAAAGUAAAAAUGAAAGCGACAACGACAACCCACAAUGGAGUCGGCGAUCCACAGUAGCGUUGGUGAACUCCCUUGUGGGAGUGACUGCCUACCUGGUCAUCGGCGCUUUGAUCUUCUCGGCGAUGGAGCUUCCCCAGGAGCGAGACCGACUGCGGGACAUGAAGGCGCACGCGGAGGCUACGUCUGAGAGAAUGGUGGACGAAAUAGUGAAUAGAACGAUCGAAAAAAUUUGUCUCCUGGAAGAUUGGGAACAAUGUUUGUCCCGCAUCAAUAUCCAGCAACUUUACAACCAGUCAUACGAUAUGAUGGACGCCUUAUUGAAGCAGUUUGGCUAUGACCAGUUCGACGUACAGCCAGAGAGCAGAGACUUGAUUACUUCAUGGGAUCUAGCCGGAGCUAUCUACUUUUGCAUCACUACCGUCACAACCAUAGGGUACGGAAACAUCUACCCGACCAUGGACAGCACGCGUGCCCUGACCAUCCUCUACACCAUAGUGGGCAUCCCCCUCUUCCUCUACUGCUGCAGCCAACUCAGCACCCUCUUCAGCUUCAUGUUCUACAAGUGCAGGUGCACCCUGGGAGUGCAUGAGUCAUCGUCCAAGAGAAGCAAAGUGACCUACUACAUCAUCUGGACUACCAUAAUCUUCGGCCUGUUUUUCUUCCUACCCCUACCCCUUCUCAUGCACCAGAAUGACCUCUCCUUCAUUGCCGCCCUCUACUUCCUCGUCAUAUCAGUCACCACAGUCGGAUACGGAGACAUUUACCCCAUCGAUCCCGCCCAGGACAGUAGCGGGUCGGCGCUGUCGUACAGAUAUGGGUUCAGUUUCAUGAUGUGGAUCUACAUGGUGCUGGGCAUAUCCCUCUUCGCAAACUUCCUCCAACUCAUCCAGAAUGUCAUUGCAAAAGGAUCCAUGUCUUGUCAAAACAAGAUUGAGAGCGAAGUUCACCUGGCAAUCCACACUGUUCACGCACAUGAAAAGUCCGCACAUGACAAGGCAGCGAUUGUUCCGAGCUGUGAUGCGGAUGUUCCGAGCAGCAAAAUCUCAUUGGCAGUCAACAGUCAAUCCGUGUUUGCUUCAAAGGAAGACUUCGGUGUAAAGAACGGGGGAAACUUUACAGGCCAAAUUAGUGACCUGAAGUGAAAACAAGAAAAAAACUAUUGGGAGAAAUUUAGAUUUCAGGGCAGCUUUUCCUCUUGUUUGCUCAUGUUUUUGUUCCCAACUUUCGAAGAAAAUUUUUGUGCUCGGGACUGGUUGUUUUAAACAAAAAUGCAGUAAUAGAUACAAAAUGUAUAUCAAUUUACUCUGAACAUAUUGUUUGUGAGAGGAGGGACAAUUUUGCAAGAAAAAAAAAGAAAAACCCAGAACUCAGUUUUUUGAAAGUUGAUGAUUUCUUUCAAAAACUACUAAAGACAUUUUACCAGAGAGAAAAAGACGAAAUGCUUCACCCUGAUAGACAGAGUCUUCUUUUCCGACUUUCAAAGAAAAAGACAGAUUAUUUGCGCUCGGUGUGUUUUUUUCUUCAGACCAAUUUCGACUUUUUCACUAGCUGUUUUUGAACGGAAUUUUUAGCAUGAUCUGA